CAGCGCCUCUAGGCUGCAGAUCCCGCUCCUACCACCUGCGCUCGGCUAUACUUCCUGCAAAGCGGGGAGGAGAGAGGAGAGGGAGGAGGCGAAGGGAGGUGGAGAGCGGCCGCUUACACACACGCCUUCCAGUCCCUCCACUCAGAGCAGCCCGGAGACCGCUGCUGGCGCCGCUGCUAUCGCUGCCACCGCCGCUGCCACCCGAGGAGACCGCCUGGACCUGUCGCCCCAGUGUUGCCACCCCCGGCAGUUCUUUCCUAGCACCGGGCUUUUUAUGCACACUGCCACUACCAUUAUUAUUGCAAGAAAAGGAAAAUAACAGACCAGCGAAAAAGAACCACAUAUACCUUUCCGAAUUACUCAAGUGUCUUCCGGGAAGAGAGGGUCGCCGGUCCCGGACUUGGGGAGGAGCAGUCGAAGGGGCCAAGGGCGGGUGUUGCAGGGGCGGCUGGAGGAGUUGGGGCACUGCGUGGUGGAAAGUUGCGGGCGGCGGAGACCCGAAGGUGCAGCGCCACAGCCCAGGGGACGGUGUGUCUGGGAGAAGCCGCUGCCCCCUGCGUCCGGAGCCGCGAGCGCGCGGGCAGCGCGGGGUCGGGGACGACGCCCCCCUCCUGCGGCGCGGACUCUGUCGGUGGUCCCCGAGGAGGAGGAGGAGGAAUAUGGCUUCGAAGGCGGCCUCCUCCUGCCGUCUGGUCUUCUGCCUCUUGAUCUCCGCUGCUGUCCUUAGGCCAGGAAAAUGUAUUUUUUCAUCGGAAGAAAGAAAACGGUCUUAUGAAGAAAUAAUCCUUCCCAGAAUAGGUCUUGGAUGGUAUACCGUAAACUCAGCAUAUGGAGAUACUAUUAUCAUGCCUUGCCGACUCGAUGUACCUCAGAAUCUCAUGUUUGGCAAAUGGAAAUAUGAAAAGCCAGAUGGCUCCCCAGUAUUUAUUGCCUUCAGGUCCUCUACAAAGAAGAGUGUGCAGUACGAUGAUGUACCAGAAUACAAAGACAGAUUGAGCCUCUCAGAAAACUACACUCUGUCUAUCAGUAAUGCAAGGAUCAGUGAUGAAAAGAGAUUUGUGUGCAUGCUCGUAACUGAGGACAACGUGUUUGAGGCACCCACAGUAGUCAAGGUGUUCAAGCAACCAUCUAAACCUGAAAUUGUAAGCAAAGCGCCAUUUCUUGAAACAGAGCAGCUUAAAAAGUUGGGUGAGUGCAUUUCAAAAGACAGUUAUCCGGAUGGCAACAUCACAUGGUACAGGAAUGGAAAAGUUCUGCAACCCCUUGAAGGAGCAGUGGCCAUAAGUUUUAAAAAGCAAAUGGACCCAGUAACUCAGCUCUAUACCAUGACUUCAUCCCUGGAGUACAAGACAACCAAGGCUGACAUACAAAUGCCAUUCACCUGCUCCGUGACAUAUUACGGACCGUCUGGCCAGAAAACAGUUUACUCUGAACAAGCAGUCUUUGAUAUUUACUAUCCUACAGAGCAGGUGACAAUACAAGUGCUGCCAUCAAAAAAAGCCAUCAAAGAAGGGGACAACAUCACUCUUAAAUGCUUGGGAAAUGGUAACCCUCCUCCUGAGGAGUUUUUGUUUUACUUACCAGGACAGCCUGAAGGAAUAAGAAGUUCAAAUACUUACGCAUUGACAGAUGUGAGGCGCAAUGCCACAGGAGACUAUAAAUGCUCCCUGAUAGACAAAAAAAGCAUGAUUGCUUCAACAGCCAUCACAGUUCACUAUUUGGAUUUGUCCUUAAACCCAAGUGGAGAAGUGACCAAGCAGAUUGGCGAUGCCCUGCCUGUGUCGUGCACAAUAUCUGCUAGUAGGAACGCAACUGUGGUGUGGAUGAAAGAUAACAUCAGGCUUCGAUCUAGCCCAUCGUUUUCUAGCCUCCAUUAUCAGGAUGCUGGAAACUAUGUCUGUGAGACUGCUCUGCAAGAGGUUGAAGGACUAAAGAAAAGAGAGUCACUGACUCUAAUUGUAGAAGGAAAACCUCAAAUCAAAAUGACAAAGAAAACUGAUCCCAGUGGACUGUCUAAAACAAUAAUCUGCCAUGUGGAAGGCUUUCCGAAGCCAGCUAUACAGUGGACAAUUACUGGCAGCGGAAGCGUCAUAAACCAAGCAAAGGAAUCUCCUUAUAUCAAUGGCAGGUAUUAUAGUAAAAUUAUCAUUUCCCCUGAAGAGAAUGUUACAUUAACUUGCACAGCAGAAAACCAGCUGGAGAGAACAGUAAACUCCUUGAAUGUCUCUGCUAUAAGUAUUCCAGAACACGAUGAGGCAGACGAGAUAAGUGAUGAAAACAAAGAAAAGGUGAAUGACCAGGCAAAAUUAAUUGUGGGAAUCGUCGUUGGUCUCCUCCUUGCUGCCCUAGUUGCUGGUGUCGUCUAUUGGCUGUACAUGAAGAAAUCAAAAAGUGCAUCAAAACAUGUAAACAAGGACCUUGGUAAUCUAGAAGAAAACAAAAAGUUAGAAGAAAACAAUCACAAAACAGAAGCCUAAGAGAGAAACUGUUCCACUUGUUGUCCAG